AUGACCUUUGGCGAUGCUCAAGGCGAACUCUGGCUAACCGCCGAGGCUCUCUUGUUUGCCUCUCUUAGCUGCAGCAAACAUGUUGGUGCCCAACACCAACACAGGAAAUCGGAUUGCCAGGGACCACUAAACUUUGAACAAUACACUCUCAUCGAAUCAUUCUACUGGGCGUCAACUGUCAAUUAG